AUGUCUCUCAAGCGCAAGGCUUCUUUCUCCGCGGCCCCAUCAAGCCCAUUCGUACCCAUGUCCUGCGAGUUAGACAUGGUCGAUAGCUCCAAACACCUCCACAGCCGGACCCGAAAGCGAUUUCGAGACGGCCGCCCUGAUGAUGAAGUAGUAUAUGAGAAAACCCUCCGAUGGAUCUUCUCAGCUCAGAAACAACCUUCUGCAGUACCGAUGGACACAAGUGAAGAGAUGAUGGAAGAACUUGAGGCCUCAUCGUUUCCACCCUCCGAAACCGCCGAUCCUCGACAACAUAGCUUGCUGCGAUUUUUCCAGCCCCGAACACAGCCCGUGCCUCAUUUCAAACCCUCCCGUGAAGCAUUGGUGCCUCGUGCGAAUGAGACUCUUAUGACCCAGGAUGAGGCUCUACGACGCACGGCAUUUCAACAGAUGCCUGCCGGUGCCGGCUCAAGUGGAAGUGAGACGAUGAGCACUGGAUUCAACCAAAUAGACACGGACAUGGAUAUGGACACAGAUGAGAGCAGUGAGGGCUCCAACUUAUCUGCCAAUGUGGGCGUAACGUCGUGGAUGUGA